GGUGCCGGUGCCGGGCCCGCAGCGGGGCCGGUGCCGCUCGGUUCGCUGGGCCGGGCACGGACACACGGACAGGGGGACACACGGACACACGGACAGGCGGACACACGGACAGGCGGACAGGCGGAGCUCGGGGUUAUUCCGGGUGACGGAGGAAGCCGCAGCCGCGGGGCCGCCCCCGGCCCGCCCCGCAUCCCCGGCCGGGGCCGGCGGCCGCGCCGCGGGGGGAAGCGGCGACCCGCAGCAUCCCCCGGCUCGGGCCGCGGCCGCCCCGGAGCCAGACGGUGGGAGGGGGCUGCCCCCUUCGCUGCCCGCCGCAGCCAUGGAGGGGGGAGUGCAGCUGCUCAACCGGGACGGGCACAGCAUCUCCCACAACUCCAAGCGCCACUACCACGACGCCUUCGUGUGCAUGAACCGCAUGAGGCAGCGGGGGCUGCUCUGCGACAUCGUCCUGCACGUGGCCACCAAGGAGAUCAAGGCCCACAAGGUGGUGCUGGCGUCGUGCAGCCCCUACUUCCACGCCAUGUUCACAAAUGAGAUGAGUGAGAGCCGCCAGACCCAUGUGACACUGCAUGACAUCGACCCGCAGGCGCUGGAGCAGCUGGUGCAGUACGCCUACACGGCUGAGAUCGUGGUGGGAGAGGGGAAUGUGCAGACCCUUCUUCCUGCUGCCAGCCUGCUUCAGCUCAAUGGUGUGCGGGACGCUUGCUGCAAGUUCCUGCUCAGCCAGCUGGACCCCUCCAACUGCCUGGGCAUCCGGGGCUUUGCUGACACCCACUCCUGCAGCGACCUCCUCAAGUCUGCCCACAAGUACGUCCUCCAGCACUUCGUGGAGGUGUCCAAGACAGAGGAGUUCAUGCUGCUGCCCCUAAAGCAGGUGCUGGACCUCAUCUCCAGCGACAGCCUCAACGUGCCCUCGGAGGAGGAGGUGUACAGGGCUGUGCUCAGCUGGGUCAAGCACGACGUGGACAGCAGGAGACAGCACGUGCCCAGGCUCAUGAAGUGCGUGCGGCUGCCUCUGCUGAGCCGGGAUUUCCUCAUGAGCAACGUGGACACGGAGCUGCUGGUGCGGCACCACUCGGAGUGCAAGGACCUGCUGAUCGAGGCCCUCAAGUACCACCUGAUGCCCGAGCAGAGAGGGGUGCUGGGCAACAGCCGGACGCGGCCGCGGCGCUGCGAGGGGGCCAGCACCGUGCUCUUCGCCGUGGGUGGAGGGAGCCUGUUUGCCAUCCACGGCGACUGCGAGGCCUACGACACGCGCACGGACCGCUGGCACAUGGUGGCCUCCAUGUCCACGCGCCGGGCCCGCGUGGGCGUCGCGGCCAUCGGGAACAAGCUCUACGCCGUGGGAGGCUACGAUGGGACCUCUGACCUGGCCACGGUGGAGUCCUACGACCCUGUCACCAAUUCCUGGCAGCCCGAGGUGUCCAUGGGCACCAGGAGGAGCUGCCUGGGUGUGGCAGCCCUCCAUGGGCUCCUCUACGCUGCCGGGGGGUACGAUGGGGCCUCGUGCCUCAACAGUGCAGAGAGGUACGACCCCCUGACGGGCACCUGGACGUCCAUCGCUGCCAUGAGCACCCGGAGGCGCUACGUCCGCGUGGCCACGCUGGAAGGCAACCUCUAUGCAGUUGGGGGCUACGACAGCUCAUCACACUUAGCCACGGUGGAGAAGUACGAGCCCCAGAUCAACACCUGGAGCCCCAUUGCCAACAUGCUGAGCCGCCGGAGCAGCGCGGGCGUGGCCGUGCUCGAGGGGAUGCUCUACGUGGCUGGUGGCAAUGAUGGCACCAGUUGCCUUAACUCCGUGGAGCGCUACAACCCCAAAUCCAACACCUGGGAGAGCGUGGCCCCCAUGAACAUCCGCAGGAGCACCCACGACCUGGUGGCCAUGGACGGGUGGCUGUACGCCGUGGGGGGCAACGACGGCAGCUCCAGCCUGAACUCCAUCGAGAAGUACAACCCCCGCACCAACAAGUGGGUGGCCGCCUCCUGCAUGUUCACCCGCCGCAGCAGCGUGGGGGUGGCCGUGCUGGAGCUGCUCAACUUCCCCCCGCCCUCCUCGCCCACCCUCUCGGUGUCCUCCACGAGCCUUUGACAGCGAGCCCGGCCGUGCCUCGGCCCCGGGGGACAGCGCUGGCACCCGCUCGCUCUGAGCGGGGGGCACAGAUGCCAGCCCAGCCCUGCUGCGGGGGCUCUCCCCGCUCUGGGCACACCCACGGGGUCACCAGGGCCACCAAAUGUGCUUCCAGGGCCGGCCCCUCCCUGGAGGGCGAGCAGAGGGGGCUCUCCCUCCGGCCAGACUCAUCCAGCAUCCCCCCAAAAGCUCCUUGGGGCAAGGGGGAGCCCGAACCAUUGCUGCUUCUGGGAUUGCCGUGCUCCAGCCGUGCCACCGGGCACUGCCAGCCCCGUGGUGGCCCCGGGGGACACGGCCGACGUGCAAGCCCCCUCCUCUGAAUGUCACUGUAGCCAAACUCAGCCCAAGCCUGUGUGCACUGCUCCGGACUCUGGGGCCGCUGCCCCGCUCCGAGGGUGUCUCUUUGAUGCCUUAACCACAGCAAGAGAAGAAGCCCAGCCCAAGCACAGCCCUGCAGGAUGGGGAGGGUCCUGACCCCUCCAGUGCUCCCCUGACCCUCUGGGAUCCCAGCUGAGCGUGGCUCUGGCCAGGCAGUGGCAGCAGGGACCUUGGUGGCAUCGCUGCCAUGGCUGGCCCAGGCUCCAGGGCUGGGACUCUCUGGGAAUGGCCUGGCCUGUUUGCUGUUCCCCUCUCUGCAAAGCAGAUUCUGGGUUUGUGGAAAGGAAUCAGUUCUUGGAAAAAGAACGGUCCAGCCUUCUGAACGAGAAGGAUUGCCUGGCAUUACUUUUUUGGGUAUUAAUUUUUUUAUUUGCCUUUUUUUAUUUGAACGCUAAUAUGACUUCAUAUCCCUUUAUUUUUUACACUGCCCUGGUGUUCCCCAUCCCCUCUGCUCUCGAGGCAGCAGAAGGGAUGCAGUUCCUUUUCUCAUUUGUUGAGGAGAUGAUUCCUGUGCCCUGGAAGUUCUCUCUGGAUGGGUGGGGUGUGUGCAUGUGUGAGAUGCCAAAAGCAGCACGGGAGGGACCGCUUCCAAUUAGCGACUCCCUGGCAAUUAAGCAACCACUUUAAUGAACUAAAGCUUGGAUGAAUUAGCACUGUAAGGCCUGUCCUAGAGCCAGGGCUCCCGUGCUGUGGUGUUUUCAGGGUGUGCUGUGUGUGUGAGCUGAGGCACAGGUCGGGUGCUCUCCACACCACAGAGGAAGGACUCAACCACUGGUACCUCAAUCGUGUUCAAAUGUAGCACUGCAAAAAUGGUCCAACUGUUUGGAACUCAUUCCUUUCUCCUUUUUCCCCCCCUACUCCCCAGUUCUCACUCACAGAGCUCAGAUUUCACUCGUGUGGUACUUGUGGGCCUGAAUUUUCAAGUAGAUUUCUGCUUCAAUUUUCAAGAGAUUUCUGCUUUUUAAACUCUUCUGAAAGAGGAGUUUAAAAUGAGACAGGGACUCCCCAGCUUCAGAUCCUUUUCUUGGCAGUCUGAUUUCCCCUCGACAGGAUCCUGCAGGUUUUCCAAGCCCACUGGCCUCCCUCACAAGCCCGCUCACAGUGCCUCACGUUGUACACCUGGAAUUCCCAGCAGCUUCUGGAAACCAGGGCUGCUGCCCCUCCAGCCUCUCCCCAAGGACAGUCUGAGCUGCUCAGGCUGGGGAGGCCUUUUUGCCUUUUGGAACAGCCUCCAAAUCUUCUUUUUGUCCCCUUCUCCCUGCCCCAGCCUGUCACAGCUCAGCAGCUCUCCCAUUUCCCUGUCCUGGAGAGCCUUGUGAGUGUCCAGGCUCUGCAGUUGUCUCCUGCUCCAUGUGGGCUGCCCCGGGAAAGUCAGAGCAAUCUGCUUUGUUCAAAAAACCGAUGAAACCAGUGAAAUCUGCUCUGUUUUGUGCAUGUGCCUCCACCCAAGUGAGCUCUCAACCCUUUCCAUCCCAUUCCUGUAACCAACAUCAGGAUUUCACUCUCCUGCUGGGCUCACAUCAAGUGUCCCUGGCUCCAGGGCCCCCUUUGGAGGAGGAUCAGCCCAAAAUCCCCAUGGAGAGGUGGAAGGGGCUGGUGCUGGGCUUGGCCCGAGGUGCUGAGGAGCUCAGGAGGAGUCAGGAAUGAAGGGAGAGUGGAGCCCAGCCAGGAGCUGCAGUGCAGGAGCUGCUGAGGGAGAAACAGGGCUGGUUUCAGACUAGGAAUGAGAUGUGGCCAUGGCUCGGCCUCUGCUCCAGCUGGGGCUGCUGCAGAGUGGAGAGGGAGCUGUGCCUUGGGAGCACAACCUGAGGGAAGUGAAAAAUGCAGCAGCUGGGGGAAUUUUGGUGCCACGUGCCCUUGGGAUCCUCAGCGGCCGCACUGCAAAUCCUGUGUGGUGCUGUCCUGCUUCCUGAGGAGCAGGGACAGGGCAGAGGGGCUCCUGUCCCCCCUGGCUGGGCCCUGAGCAAUAUCCCACUGAGCCUGACCCACGGCGAGGAGGGAGCCUCCUGUCUCUGCUGCCCAAACUAUGCAGGAAAAGGGCAAAACAGUCCCCCAGCAUCUUCUGGGGGUCCCCAGCCCCCCGACCCACACUGUGUGGACACGAGGUGUCAGCACCUGCCCUGGGAGAUGCCAGGGUGGGAUUGCUCCUGGUGCUGCACGUCCCCUGCCGAGGAGGAGGAGGAGGAGAGCUCGGAGGGGACGCGUGUCUGUGUCUGUCUGUCUGUGCGUAGCAACCCUGUCUGAGGGGAGGAGAACAACUCUGUGUGGCUUCCCUGCCAGUUGUAGUCUGUGGUGUCUCACCCAAGAUGUUCUUGUCUGAAUUCCCAGCAGAGGAGCAUCCCCAAGCCAGGGGGCUCCGGGCUCUGGGGUUUUUCCCAGCAGGGCCAGGCAGGAGCCCCUGCCCUGGUUUGGGGGCAGAGGCUCCCUUGGCCUCCCUGCUGGGCACACCUGGUCCAGAUCCAUGUCCAAGCGUUGUCACUUUGAUUUCUCUGUAACUUAUCCGACUUUAUUUAUGUGGAACUCUGUUUCUCUGAAUUUUUUGCACUACAUGGGACUGGGGAGGGGAUACAAGCAAUAGAAGCCAACGUGUACAAUAAAGACAUUUUCUUGGA